AUGGCUACACGUCUUCAUAUCGCGUCGCGGAUAAUGCUAUCCUGUUUAGUUUUAAUGUUUUCAAAAGCUCGCGAGUGUCUGGAAAUCGGAGUUCUUCUGCCGUCCACCUCCAGUAGAAGCGGAAACUUGACGUUGCGCACGAUACAGCUUGCGAUCGAGAAAGUGAAAGCAUCGCAACGACUGUCAAUCAAGGACGUCGACGUCAUAUACAGGAACACUUCAUGUAGCACCAAACAAGCCCUUGGAGUUUCCGUGGACCUCCUGAAGUCGAACCACAACGUGACUCUACUGCUGGGACCAGCAUGUCUUGAACCAAUAGAAACAGUGGCAUUGCUAGCUUCUUACUCCAACAUACCAAUCGUGACUUGGAUUCCUGUAAAUGACCUGGUGCUCUCCAGGAGUCGUGAAAACAUCGCCAUCAGCACCAUGGGGUCUCACGAAGACACCGUGAAAGCUAUCGGCGGGCUUCUGAAGCAUUAUUCCUGGAAGAAUGUCGUGGCUUUCGGCGAAACAUGUGAAAUUAGCAGAACAUUUAUAUCAACGAUGGAGAAAAUGUCUACGGCUAUGAAUAUCACAAUACAGAAGAUGCAGAAUUUCCAAACACUGUCACGGAGAGACAUGGCAGCAGCACUGAAAACCGCCAAACCGCUGACGAAAGUAUUUGUGAUGUCACUUAGACUUGGCUAUCUGUCAGCCCUCAUGGAAGAAGCUCAGCGACAAGGAAUGACGUCAGGAGAUUUUGUCUUCAUCAAUUGGAGUCCCUCAGGAACAGUCUAUAAUUCAGUGACGUACCUGACAGGUGUCCCUGAUCUCGCAACGAUAACGUCGGGCGUGCUUUUACAGCUCGUGAACUACGUCAUCCAUGACGAUAUACACCACAAGUUUCAAGACAGCGUCAUACCAAAGCUGCCUUUUGUUGUGGUAGUGGUAGUAGUAGUAGUAGUAGUAACAGGGUUUUAUAUGGGAAAACUUCGUUUGAAAAGGACGAAACAGAUGUGGUUACUGGACAACGCAGAGGUGAAAAUAAAGAACACCAGGGUGAACUAUUCCACCCAACCCAGAAAGAAUCUCAUACGAAUGGAAACGCGAGGAACUCUUGGUUUUGGUUCCUGUACAAGUUUAGACAGAAAUAUGUUGUUCACACCGAUAGGAAAUUACAGGGGAUCUGUGGUGGCGGUGAAGACCAUGCAGCAUCGGGCUAUCAAGCUGACACCGGAAAUAGUAGCCGACCUAACUGUGUUAAAAGAGCUUCAACACGACAAUCUAAACCAGUUCGUUGGUUGCAGCAUGUCGCCAGGCAACACUUAUGUCCUUUUCAAGUAUUGUAGUAAAGGCAGCCUGCAGGACGUCUUGGAAAACGACGACAUAAAUAUUGACUGGAUGUUCAAAAUAUCCUUUGCAACAGAUCUAUCAAAGGGUAUGGAGUACAUUCACAAGAGUAUUCUUCGGUCGCAUGGCAAUCUGAAGUCCAGCAACUGUGUCAUCGACAGCAGAUGGGUCCUGAAGGUCACAGAUUAUGGGGCAGUGACGUCACAGUUACAGGAGCCAGACGAUGAAAUUAGAGAACACGAAUACUAUAACAAGUUGUUGUGGACAGCCCCGGAACUGUUGCGUCUAGAGAAACGGCCAGCUAAAGGAACACAGCAAGGAGAUGUGUACAGCUUUGGAAUUAUUCUGUCCGAAAUUAUGCUCAGAUGUGGAGCAUAUUAUUACAACAAUAUUUCAUCAAAAGAGAUUGUUACACGAGUCCGAAACGGGGAGGAUCCGCCCUACAGACCUAAGGUGUACGACGAUGGUGACGUCAUGGAUAAACCCAUGCGCCUCAUGGCGUCAUGCUGGCUGGAGAACCCAGACUCGAGACCCACGUUUAACCAGAUUAAGAAAAGUGUCAUAGAUCUAAAUGGUGGAAAGAAGACAUCGAUCCUGGACAACAUGAUCCAGCUGCUGGAGGCCUACAGUAAUAACCUGGAGGAUCUUGUCGCCGAGAGAACCAACGAGCUGGCUCAGGAGAAGCGCAAAACAGACAGACUUUUAUAUCAGAUGCUUCCACCAUCUGUCGCAAACCAGCUUAAGGGUGGACUCUCCGUGGUACCCGAAUCCUAUGAAGAUGUAUCAAUUUUCUUCUCAGACAUCGUGGGAUUUACUAGUAUUGCUGGGAAGAGCCAACCACUCGAUGUUGUGGAAUUGUUGAAUGACUUAUACACCACAUUUGAUGGAAUUAUCUCGAAACACGACGUCUAUAAGGUUGAAACCAUUGGUGAUGCUUACAUGUGCGCCAGCGGCCUGCCUCGACGGAAUGGCAAGCGACACAGCGGGGAGAUUGCCAACAUGGCGCUUGAUCUUAUCAGUGCAGUGACGAGCUUCAGAAUCAAACACAUGCCGGAAGACAAACUUCACCUGCGCGUGGGUCUCCAUACGGGGUCGUGCGCAGCAGGCGUGGUGGGACGGAUCAUGCCCCGGUACUGUCUGUUUGGAGACACAGUGAACAUGGCCAGUCGUAUGGAAUCCACGAGUAAAGCUCUACACAUCCACCUGAGUACACCGAUGAACGAAUCGCUGGAUGCCUUGAACUGGGGCUUUAUCACCGCAGAAAGAGGAUUCAUACCCAUUAAGGGUAAAGGAAUACAUAAAACCUAUUGGCUUAUUGGCAAGAACGGGUUUGAUAAGCCGUUACCAGAGACUAUGCUAAGUCUACUCCUGGAUGUUUCGGCUGAAGAAGCCAAGGCAACAUCCACGUCCACACACUCCCUCAAUGUUGACGGGAUGUACUCGGCUGUCCUCAGAAAGGCUUCGGUAUCGAUGAGCAAUUUGUCAGACAUUUCAUGCACCAGUACAGCAGAAGCCAGUGGUGCUGACGACUUCUUUCCAGAUGUACAUGGUGACAGCUCAAGAGAACGCUUGUGUGUACCGAAUCUUCCUCCCAACAGCAGAGAGCACUCAACUGGUGGCGAUGUAGAGGAUGUAGGUUCCCAGUUUCAGUUCGAUGAUGCUGAUGACGUAUCGCUGAUGAAUGACCAGACCGCUGGUCCAGAGGUGGUCUUCGCCGACGAUUCCAAGCCAUCCACUAUUCCCACGAUUCAUAUAUCUUGA